UCAACACAGGAUGAUGAAUUAGACCCUACAUCUACAGAUGAAUUUUCGAUAAAAGAACAGAUACCUCUUCUUCUACUUUUUCGAGUGUGUUAUUCUAUUUCUAUUCUUUACCUUGCAAUUGACUGGUGGUCUCAAGCAUGCGUUGAGCUAUAUAUGAUUUUGGUUGCGAUACCAUUUACCCCAAUCACACAAGAACAUUUUGAAAAAGAUGAUUGGCUUGUGGAUAGAAAAAAGAGGGCGAGCAUCACGUGCAGUGAGGAAUGUAAACGUGAAGGUUUUAAAUGGAUAGAAACUACACAAGAAUAUUUGAUG